CGUUUUAAACGUUCUCAGUUUUUCUCGUAUGUUGUCGGUGACACUGUUCGUUACGCCUCUGGGUUAACCCAUCUAUAAAAGUUCAUAGCAGAUUAUUGGCAUUUGUGAACGUCCCUUUUCGACCCCAAGUGUGUUGGUGUAAUUCUCGCUUCCAUAACAGGUCUCCUACUUAACAGCAAACACCGUCCGAGUUCCACCUUCGAAAUGACCCGCUUCCUCUUGCUUUCGUUCGCCAUAUUUCUGGCCUGUGCAGCGAAUUCACAUUCCAAACUGCAGUUUUGUUCUCGAAGCGAUCCAAAUUUGAACAAGUGCCUGCAGGUGGCCAUUCAGUCGGCCCUGGUUACGUUACAGCGUGGGAUAAAGGAGUAUGGUGUUCCAUCCAUUGAAGUGUUCAGUGUGCCGGCCUACACCGUCAAAUCUGAUCCGCCUAUACAUUUCGAUCAAUCCGAAACUGACAUCAGAAUAUCCGGACAUUUGGAGAGCGAAAUUAAAGACGUCGAUGCCAAAAUCGAGGAUUCCGAUUUUUCGCUCACCUUAACAGUGUUGACGAAAAAACUCACUUACCUGUCUAACUACGAUUAUAAGGACGCCAUUAUAGAUGGAGUCGACAUGAGCGGCAAAGGAAAAAAGGAUGUUAUUGGAGACAAUUUUCAAUUUACUGUCACGUUUACCGGUGUUGUGGAUCAAAAAGGCGGCGAACGUUAUUUGCAAAUAACGCAAGCGUCCAUUGUGGACGUUAUGCUCGACAUGGUGCACUUCUCCUACGGAUCUACGGAAGACAGGUCUGGAGAACUGUUAACCAACUAUUUGACGAAGAACAUGAAAUCCAUACUGGCGAAGGAAUCUAAGAAAUACAUGGUUGUUUAUGAGGAAGCGUAUAAAACGGGGGCUAACGCCGUAUUUUCCAAAAUCCCUUACGACGUAUUGUUUCCUAAAUGAGUUUUUCUGUGACGGCUUUUCAAUAAUACUUUAACAACACUGUCUAGUUAGGUAUCAAUAAAUACAGUACAAAAUCUG